UCUGCGGCUAAGCUCACCUACGGUUCUCUCCGUUUUCUGGUGAUCUAAGAGGGGUUGACUUUUGAGGCAGAGGUUGAAUGCAUGGUUUCAGCGAGUCAGAGAUAAUAAAAGCUGCUUGAGUGGUCGAAGGUCGAAGAUGGUGAAGAUCUGCUGCAUCGGAGCGGGCUACGUCGGCGGCCCCACCAUGGCAGUCAUCGCCCUGAAGUGCCCGGCCGUCGAGGUGGUGGUCGUCGACAUCUCCGUCGCCCGCAUCACCGCGUGGAACAGCGAGCAGCUCCCCAUCUACGAGCCCGGCCUCGACGACGUGGUGAAGCAGUGCCGGGGGCGGAACCUGUUCUUCAGUACCGACAUCGAGAAGCACAUCGCCCGGGCGGACAUCAUCUUCGUCUCCGUCAACACGCCGACGAAGACCCGCGGCCUCGGCGCCGGCAAGGCCGCCGACCUCACCUACUGGGAGAACGCGGCCCGCAUGAUCGCCGACGUCGCCAAGGCCGACAAGAUCGUGGUCGAGAAGUCCACCGUCCCCGUCAAGACCGCUGAGGCGAUCGAGAAGAUCUUGAUCCACAACAGCCGCGGCGUCAACUUCCAGAUCCUGUCCAACCCGGAGUUCCUCGCGGAGGGCACGGCCAUCAAGGACCUGUUCAACCCCGACCGGGUGCUCAUCGGCGGCCGGGAGACCCCCGAGGGGAAGAAGGCGGUGCAGGCGCUGAAGCAGGUCUACGCCAACUGGGUUCCCGAGGACAGGAUCAUCACCACCAACCUGUGGUCCGCGGAGCUCUCCAAGCUCGCCGCCAACGCGUUCCUGGCGCAGAGGAUCUCGUCGGUGAACGCGAUCUCGGCGCUCUGCGAGGCCACCGGGGCGGACGUGGCCGAGGUGGCCUACGCCAUCGGGAAGGACACCAGGGUCGGGCCCAGGUUCUUGAGCGCCAGCGUCGGGUUCGGCGGCUCCUGCUUCCAGAAGGACAUCCUCAACCUGGUGUACAUCUGCGAGUGUCAUGGCCUCCCGGAAGUGGCCAACUACUGGAAGGACGUGAUCAAGAUCAACGACUACCAAAAGAGCCGCUUCGUCAACCGGGUCGUCUCCUCCAUGUUCAACACCGUGUCGGAGAAGAAGAUUGCCGUGCUGGGCUUCGCCUUCAAGAAGGACACGGGCGACACCAGGGAGACGCCCGCCAUCGACGUCUGCAAGGGGCUGCUGGGCGACAAGGCGAAGGUCUGCAUCUACGACCCGCAAGUGACGGAGGAGCAGAUCCAGCGCGACCUGGCGCUCAACAAGUUCGACUGGGACCACCCCGUCCACCUCCAGCCGAUGAGCGCCACGGAGGUGAAGCCGGUGGCGGUCACCAGGGACGCGUACGAGGCCACCAAGGGGGCGCACGGCGUCUGCAUCCUCACCGAGUGGGACGAGUUCAAGAAGCUGGAUUACGUCAGGAUCUACGAGAGCAUGCAGAAGCCGGCGUUCAUGUUCGACGGACGCAACGUGGUGGAUCCACAGAAGAUGAGGGAGAUCGGCUUCAUCGUCUACUCCAUCGGCAAGCCGCUGGAUUCAUGGCUCGUUGACAGACCUGCCGUAGUCUAAUUCUGAGCUUUUCCCACAGCAGUAUUCCACCCUUCCUUCUUCCAUCCAUCCAUCUCAUCUAUUUACUUCGUCCACUUACCAAUUAUUGUCACCUCAAUCUUCUUGCAAAGACCAAAUUCCAUCGCUAGUUUUUUACUACUCAAUAUCAACUUUUGG